GUACCUGGGGUACAACGACCCCUUCAGUGUAAUUAACCUCUGUAAUUCAGUUAUUACUAUUAAGCUGAUCACAGAAGAGUUUGUACUUGUAAUAACUGCCAUUGGCGUGAUAUGAGAAGUGUUAUUGUCUUCACGUGUUUUAUCUCCAGACCUGGUGGUGCCAAGGAUUGUCCAGAGUGGGCCAUUAUUGACCUCCAAGGCGUCCUUGAAACUCGACAUCCCGUGCCUCUUGGUGGAAAGUUCAUUGGUGAUUUGCAUUUCACUAAAAAGGAUGCACCUGUUCUCAUAAUUGGACAUCACAUCUUAUAUGGAAAAGUUGUGGACCUGGAAAAGCCCUUUGCUGUGUUGGCCAAGCAGUCACAAACACAAGGAGAUGUUGCUAUGGAAACCAAUCAAACAAAUAAUGGCUAUGUUGUUGAAGCCAUCAUAAAGAAGAAGAUACUCUUCAAGACACGACCAAAGCCAAUUAUUUCACAUGUUCCUAAGAAAUUAUGAUACAUAUGAGUUCUCUCAGUGUACAUGUAAUCAAUAUUAUAUAUUUAUUUGCAUAAAUGCUAUUUCCUUUUGUAACCAUGGUAACUAUUGUAAUGUAUAUGUAAAAUAUUAAUAUUUUAUAAACUCCAUGUAGCUGGAAUAUUGCUGAUAGGGGGGUUAAACAACAAACCAUCCAAAUCAACACACUCCAUAACAUGUUGUAAUUCAAUGGAUGAAAACCAGUUGAAAAAUUAAUGUUUGAUCAUAAAUUAUUGUGCUAUUAGUAUUGAAAUGAUUCCACCACUUUGUCCCUCCUCACACGUCUAACAAAUUUGUAAUAAAAUAAGUAAUCUGGUCACAUAUGGUGAUUAAAAUUUGUUGAAUCAA